AACAGGAACCUACACCUGAAAGGGCGCUUCGACCCACUUUUUCGACAGAGGAUCGUGGCGGAGGGAAUAAGCGGCCAUGUUAGCAGCAGGUACUGGCAAUGGUUUUGGUACCACAGCUUGGUGGGGGUUUUCUCCAGCACUCAACUUGCAAGCAAUGUCUCUAGAAUCCUCCACGGAGCAUCUGGAACUAUCCCAGAAUGGCGUUCCUGAACUGAACAUCCUGCUAGUGGGAUCAAUAGAUGCACGACACAUCCUAAAAACGAUGAGUCAGAUGCAUCGGCAGCCUCGAAGAAAAAUCAACUUCUACAUUCUGGAGAACAAUCUGGAGGCUGUGAGUCGGCAGCUGUUGUUCUUGAACCUGGCUCUGGAGCCUCCAGACAAAAUGGGCCUACAAGAGAAGAGUGAGACAUUCUUGGAACUAAUGGGGAACACUCACCUUCGGAGUCAGACUGCUGCCUAUCUGCAGGAGAAAGCAGCCCUCUUCAUCCGUUACAUCACAGACUCUGACUUCCAGCUGGCUAAUCUCCCUGUUUUGGAUUUCUCUGCACUCAAGUUCAGGGAGCGGGACCAAUUAGAGGCCAUUUUUCAGUUCUGGCGAAAUCCAGACCCACAAGCUUUCCAGAUCAAGCAGCUUUGGGACCUGCGUCUGCGGCAAUACCUGGGCACCCGUUAUGACUCUCGUCGUGGAGUGUGUGACUGGGAUCUCACCAUGAAACUGCACGAGCAUGGGGCCACAACGAUAAACUUCCAUGAGUUUUUCCAUUGGCGUAAUACAGGCAUGGCCUUUGAAAUGCGAGAAGCUGUCUACGAUGUCCCCAACAAAACCUUGGCAUCCGGACGUCUCAUGAGACACGUUCUACUGGGGUUGGGGGAGAGCUUGGAAAACAUUCUCAUCCUAUUGUAA